GAUAUAAAGGAGGCCAGCCGGCAUAAAGCAGCAGCCUAUAGACUCUCUCAUACGAAGUACGCCCUCACUGAAGAGAGCAAGAAGAAUGGUAUUCCACGCCACAUCUCGAACAUGCGAAAUGAGACACGCGGGACAGGUGCAUUGCUUACUCGUCUGCCUAAAUCUCGUGUUGGCCUAUGUCGCCCAUUCUGUCCACAUGGUCAUCGUGUCGCCGCGUCUCCCUGCGCGACCGCCUGACGGGGAGCCUGACGGCCACAACUGCGGUGAGGGCUAUCAACGGCCAGCGUGAGCAUGACGAGUGAAGAACCCGGCGCAUCUGCGGAUACAGACAGACAGGCUGGCUGGCAGACGAUGUACGCUGGUAGAUUGGGUUUGGUCUCGAACUGCGCGGCGCCGCUGGAUAGACGCCUUCAGCCGCACUCGGGCCGGACUCGAGGGCGCGAGGCGCGGAGCUGAAAGGCCGUACGUGGGCUGCCCAGCGCCGCAGUGGAAGGCGAAGUGCGUUGAGUUUAGCCAGGCCUCAGCUCAUCAGCGCGGGGGCAGUCGCGUACCCAGGUGCAGAUGAUGUGAAUAAAAGGCAUCGGCAAAGAGCCGGGCAGCCCUCUGCAUCGUUGUUGCUACGGACUUGGGAAGCUGGGCCGAUCAGGCUGCAACGAGGCGCGUUUGUGACGCAACACGUUGUACUACUUUGUGCGACACACUGGGGAGGGGGGCGGCAGGCCGAGCAGGCAGGCAGGCGGCGGUCUACAAUGACAUCUACGGUGACGACGGAGGCGCUGCUACACAGAGACAGAUACGACAUGCUGGUGCGCGACGGGGGAGGAGGAAAGGCCCGGGUCACGAAUGAGAUGCCGACGAUAGGGGACGAAAUGAAUGGCGGCGAAGACGGCGACGAAGCACGACGGCGACGGCCCGUGGCGGAGGUGGUGCAGGAGACGGUGUCCGGCCAUACGGCGAUGCGGCGCGUCUUCGAGACGAGCGAGCUCCUGGAGCUGAUCCUCGUGCGCGUCGACAUGCAGACGCUGCUCGUCUCUGCACAGCGCGCGAGCCGCACCUGGCACGCCCUGAUAGAAACCUCGCCGGCCCUCCAGCGACGGCUGUUCUUUCUGCCCGAACAGCGGCGGCGGCGGCGGCGGCGGCAGCAACGGGAGCGAGAUACAUCGAGCGCGGACACAGAUACAGACGCCGCCACGGAACUCGAGCCGAACCAACGCUGGGAGCGCGAGCAGGAGCGCGUCGACAACCCGCUGCUCAAAGCGCACUUCGCGCCUUUCUUCGCGGACCCCAUUGACCCGCUGCAGCUCGUCCCCGCGGCGGGCGACGUGACGCUCGAGGAGGCGCUGUGGGAGCUCGACGAGGAGAUUGCGGUGCCGAGCGCGCGGGCUGUCUUUCGUGAGCUGCCGCUGCACCGUCUGCACGGCGAAGGAGGAGGCGACAGCGCGUACCGGCGCGUGGGCGCGUCGUGGAAGAGAAUGCUAACGUCGCAGCCGCCCGUCACGCGCGUUGGCUUCUUGCGCCGCCUGGGCACGCGAAACGAGCCGGAGAUGCAGAUUUUCGAGCCGCCGCUGCCGGGCCGGCGAGACACGGGCGGAGGAUGCUCCUCAUCAUGCUCGUCUUGCUCCUCGUCAUCUGCAGAGUCGGCCAGAGGGGUCGACGCCUCCUCGCCGCCGCCGUCGUCAGCAGCAGCAACGGCAUCGUCGCCGUCGCUAUCAGCGUCAUCAUCAUCCGCCUGCGGCACCCAAGGGCACAACAAACACCGGUGCGAACACCACCAGCACAAGCACGACCUGCGGAUGGGCCACCUCUACCACGAAGUGCUCACGCGCAUACGCUGGGCCAGCACCGCCCAUUUCCAGGUGCUGGCGCAUGCGCAGGCCCUGCCGCGGGACGAGUUUGUGCGGCGGGCGACGAUGCCGCGGCCGUGGAACGCCGUCUGGGGCGACAACGAAGAAGUGUCUGGACUCGCCACGGCGGCAACGGCAGCGACAGCAGCAAACGACGGCUCCGGCACCAGCACUGGCAGAGCUGUCGCCGGUCGGGCGGCACUGCGCGAGAUGCACGACGCGGGCGCAGAGGUCGUCGUUGUGUCGUACCGCGGCACGUCGUCCUGCUGCUACCUGGGUGCGUUGGACUUGGGCAUUCAGUUCUGGGGCGAGUGCGUGGCGGGCAGCAGGUGA